AUGUUGACAGUCUGCAUUGCUGCAUGCUGGUUACAACCGCUGGAUCAAAGAGCAGUGUCAUAUAGUCAUACACGGGCAUUAAGGCGCGGCCAUUCCCAAGUCUUGAUGUCGCAAGGGGCGCGUGCCCAAAUGCGACAAACAGCGCCUCCUGGUCUACAUUUUCAGUCCUAUAGAAACAGACCAACUGCGAGUCCCUUAGAGCUGGAGAGUGCUGUCCCAGACAUAUGGGAAUUUCAUCAAAGGAGAUCUAUGCAAAUCUCCGCAAAUGCUCAGCAAAGCUCCCAGCAAAGCUCCCAAAGCUUCGCACCCUCACGAGCUUCCAUGACUUGUGAGAUGCAAUAUAUGCAACGUCUUCCAGAUCCACCAGGCCUACGCAAAACCAGUGAAGCUGUGGCUGUCGUGCCCGAAAAUAGUCGACCCAAGGGCACCCACCGUGGCCAGGUCCUCAUGGUGAGUCUUCUGUUGGGCAUCACUCUGUUUCUUUUGAGGAGUAGCUCUUGGCAAGAGGAGACUAUGGCUGCGAGGCCUGAUGAAGUCUACAAAGUCUAUGCCACCAUGAUGUCAAUGAUGCCACAAGGUGGCAAGGAAGCCCUAAAACCUCGGCGUCCACUUUCAGCAAAGCCUAAACCAAUUUUUGAUUUGAAAGCUGGGCUGUUCACUGCUUAUGUUGUGGGUAUUUGCAGCCCUGGAGAGAGCUUCAACUACAUGGUGGAUACCACAAGCUGCCAACAAAAACUGGAAGCAUUCUGCGUGUCCUUGCGAGAGGCCACCCCCAAUGAUUCUUAUUUGAAACUGGGAGACCGACUCUACGAGAAUUGCAUGGACACUGCAAAGACCGAGAAUGGACUAUCUGUCUCAUUGCUGUAUGGCCCAGUCCCACAGCUGUGGAGCCAUGAGCCGCAUGAUCCCAGCAACCUGGAAGAAGAGUUCAUGAGCCCAGCCUCAAAUUCUGUGGAUUGGGCGGAAUUCUGUAGCACCGUGGCGGAUUGUGAGCAACUGGUAGCUUUACGGUCCUGGAGUUGGAUCAUGGCCUUUGCUAUUCUACUUGGGGUUGGGACAUUGACAGCAUGCUGCGGAGCUUAUGCUUUGCACUGGGCCAAGCCUCAAGCUGACUUCCCCAAAACACGAUUCCGCUGUGGGGUGCUUUCCUUGAUGCUCUUCAGCUUGGCUGCUGGGGUGUACUUCUAUAUUGCACAGACAUUUCCUGUCAGCAGCUACAUCCGCAGUGAGAGCCUCUUUUAUUUCAUGCUUCCAGAUCCUGGUGAUGCCCGAAGAUUGGAGGAAUUGUCUCCAGUUGUUCCGCGGGCACUGGCAGAUAGUACCAAGCACCUUGCAAAGGGGUGGAAGAGGUUACUCCUGUCGUUGACCGGAGCAUUAUUGCGCGGUCUCGCACAAGGAGAUAUGGCACACGUGUACCUAGAGCUUCAGGAGAGCCUUGAAAGAGGUUGGCGCCUGGCAGAUGUUCUUUUCCAGCGAUGGUUGAAAUAUAUUCGCUACGCACUGAACCAGGCUCCAUCAGAUGGAGCCAUCAUCCUCAGGGACACUGGGAAGAGACUGCAAGAGCUUGAUGAUUGGAUCCUUCAUUUGAUUUCCAGCAAUGAAACAAAUUCAACGAAGCAAGACUUCGACAAACAAGUGAAAGACUUGAGUGUCGAGCUUCAUCAACAGAUGGAAGAGAUGAUGGUUGUGAAUGAGAGGGCAACAGAAUUGGUUGAGCACAGCCAGAAGCUCGUCCAAACGAUCUUGUUGGCAUGGCAAGAUUUGCAGCAGCCUAUCUCCAGCACGGUUGACCGGAUUAAGCAUGCUUUUGGGAAGAAAGGCAAGAAACCCAUUCAAAAGAUGAUGUCCAUAGCAAAGAAUCUUGCCCUUGACCAAUCAACGGUCAACGACUUGAAGAUCAUUUUCAAUCGUCUCUUCCAGACUCUUCCUACAGUUGUGAGUGAAGUACGGCUGGUCGCAUCGGACUUCAAUAGCUUGACAUCAAGUUUUGGGCCUUUGGUAAAGCGGACACGGAAGACAAUGAACCGAGGUUCCAAAUUAGUUGCCAAUUUGCUUAGAUUUGAGCGGGAUAACAUAAAGCUGGAGGCUCAAAACCUUCUUAAGGAGCUUCAACAGCCAAAUGGCCUGCAGCGCGCGGCUAAAAUUUGGACACAACUUACGAAGCAAGAGAUGAAAGAGCUUGAAGCUCAAACUGGGGCAAUUUCUGCCCGCUUGCUGCGCACAGACAGCGAAGGGCCUCGAGUUGCAAGUUUGGUGCAGCCUUUGGUGAAAGAGCGUGGCAUGGCCACUCCCAUGGUGCGAAUCAGCGGCAUUUUCUUGCAGCAACUGCAAAGCCUUGGGAGCUCAGGAUUUCAACCAAUGCAGGAACAGCAGCUUUGCUCCUGGCAAAUGCCAUCAGCUUGUACCAAUCUUGGCUUGGACUUUUUCUGCUUUGUGAUGCUGCAGAUAGCAGCCACGGUCUUUGCGAUUAAGAUGAGCCGCUCGGCUUGA